CAUUACUAUUUUUAUCAUUUAUUCACCAAAAAAAAAAAAGAAGAAAAAAAAAAACUGUAUUAGGAAGAAAACGAAAAUGGCGUCUCCUUUUUCGUGCGUAUAAAACAGGUAAAGUGAUACGUUAACGUGCUUCGCUUUCUUCAAUACUCUGUUUAUUUAUACUAAAAGACAAAUCUACCCUCAUCAACGGUCGAUCACUGUCGGAGAAAUUAUUUUUCCGAUCUACUUAUUUCCUACUUUAUCUCUACUCCGGAACUAUAAAAUUCCUAUUCUGCCCUUCUCCGCUGCCGAAACUUACAUUCACGCAUACGCAUUCAAUGGCGGAGGAAUUUGUGAAAGCAGUUGAAGACGGUGUACAUCUAUCGAAAAGGAUAUAUUUUGGGAAGGACAGGGCGGUGGCGCCGCCGAAGCCGAUGACGGCGAUGGAGAAGGCGUCACAGUCAUACCUGCCGGAAUCGCCUAUGCUUUACGCUGUGAUUAAUGAUCCUGCUAUAGUUGAUAAUCCGGAUAUUCCGAGCUACCAGCCUCACGUGCACGGCAGGUGCGAUCCUCCUGCUUUGAUUCCUCUUCAAAUGAACGGAAUUUCACUUGAAGCUGAUUGUUAUUUGGAUAAUAUGGCAUUCAUUACUGUCACUGGAUCAUGGCGUGUGCAUUGCGUCAUGGGUAGCCGUAGCUGCGACUGUCGUAUCGCCAUUCCCAUGGGUGAACAGGGUUCAAUUCUAGGUGUCGAGGUUGAGUUACCCAGGAAAACUUACUGCACUAAAAUAGUUGCCGUGGAUGACGAAAGCGGAACAGAAAAGCUAGCCAAAAUUGAAGAUGGAUGCUUUCUGACGCCCCAAAUUUUUACCCUUACAAUACCACAAGUGGAUGGUGGAACCAAUAUAUCUGUCACGAUUAGAUGGUCUCAGAAGUUAUUGUAUAGCAAUGGCCAGCUAACCUUGGACGUACCAUUUAGUUUUCCAGACUUUGUCACUCCAGCUGGAAAGAAGAUCUCUAAAAAAGAAAAGAUACAGCUUAAUGUUAACUCUGGUCCUGGAACAGAAGUUAUGUGCAAGACCACUAGUCACCCUCUGAAGGAGCGGCAACGUCAAGCAGGAAAGUUGGGCUUCUUAUACGAAUCUGAAGUCCUUAAUUGGUCAAGUUGUAACUUUGUUUUUUCUUACACGGUUUCGUCGACUCAUAUUUCUGGCAGUGUACUUUUGCAAUCGCCCCCACUACUUGACACCGACCAGAGAGAGAUGUUUUGCUGCUCUCUUUUUCCGGGAGACCAGCAGUGUAGGAAGGUCUUCAGAAAGGAAGUGGUAUUUGUUGUUGAUAUAAGUGGUAGCAUGAAAGGAAAACCAAUCGAGGAUACCAAACAAGCGCUCUGUACGGCCUUGUCAAAGCUUGAUUCUCAAGAUCUGUUUAAUAUAAUAGCUUUCAACAGUGAAAAGUACCUAUUUUCUUCAUCACUGGAAUUGGCAACCAAGAAGGCUAUUGAAAAUGCAACUCAGUGGAUUGGCACGAAUUUUGUUGCUGGUGGCGGAACAAAUAUUUUGAAUCCGUUGACUCAGGCCAUGGAGAUGUUUUCCUAUAGCCAGCAACACAUUCCUGUUAUUUUCUUGGUCACUGACGGAGCUGUUGAAGAUGAAAGACACAUCUGUGAUGUUCUGAAGAGUCAUCUGAUGCAAAACCAAAUGAUAUGCCCGCGGCUUUGUACAUUAGGCAUAGGGUUGUUCUGUAACCACUAUUUUUUGCGCAUGCUUGCAAUGAUGAGUCAUGGCCACUAUGCCGCUGCUUAUGAUGUUGAUUCUAUUGAAGUUCGUAUGGAGCAGCUCUUCUCCAGGGCAUCAUCCGUCAUUCUUGCGAAUAUUUCCUUUGAGAACCUUGACGGUCUUGAAGAAUUUGAGGUGCUUCCCACUUCAACUCCAGACCUUUCAUCUGAGGGUCCAUUAGUGUUGUCAGGCAGAUACCGUGGAGUAUUCCCCGAGAUGCUUAAAGCUAAAGGAGUCCUUGCAGACUUGAGUAACUUCUCUGUGGAUCUGAAAGUUGUACAGGCAAAGGACAUACCUCUUGAUAAGGUGUUGGCGAGGCAACAGGUUGAACUGAUUACUGCUCAGGCCUGGUUGACUGAAAAUAAGGACCUUGAACAGAAGAUAGCACAAACGAGUAUACAACAUGCAGUAAUUUCCGAAUAUACACGCAUGAUAUUGAUGGAGACCGAUAGAGGCAAAUUAGUCACUGAGUCAACCUCCAAGCGGAAGGGAUUUAAUUGUAGUCACACCAACACCGAAUUACAGAAACGACCUGAGUUGUGCCAUAUACUGUGUAACAAUGAGUUUGCCACAAUAGAUGUCUCCACUGCUGCUGCUAAGAUUGAAGAACCUAAAUUGGAGAAGAAAAUACUGCUACAGAAUCUUGCUGUUGGUUUUGGUAACUACAGCGCUACAGUUGAAAAUAUUCCUCCUGGAGCCUCUGAGACAAAACCCGAAACAGCAGAGAUUUUAGCAAAGGCAGCAUCUAACUGCUGCGGAAAGAUGUGUGACAUAUGCUGUUGUAUGUGCUGUAUUCGGACGUGUUCAAAGAUGAACGAUCAGUGUGCAAUUGUGCUGACGCAGUUUCUGGGUUCCUUGGCAUGCUUAGGUUGCUUCGCUUGCUGUGAAUUAUGCUGUUCUGGAAAUGAUGGAUGAGAUUUAUAAAAUAGUUUCCUCAGCAAUCUUGUUGUAUAUUGUGUCAAAUAUGACAGAUUUAUACGAUUGUAUUUAGCUUUCAUGAGCAUACUGUCAGUGUAGUCAUUUAGUGUUUUACAGAUCUUUGUGAAUAGUUAUGUAUUUAUUUAUCUAAGCAAUUGGACAGAAGUUUUGCCAAUUGCUAUACUGUAAUGAUGUUGAAAUAAGAGCAAGUUUGUUAAUCGGAGAAGAAAUGCGAUUGAAUUAGA